AUGCAGAGCCCCGACGAGGACUCAGAUGGGAAUCCACUCAGUGCCUUGGAGAAGAAGUAUCGAGUCGUGGACCAAGAAAUAGACAGCCAUGGAAUGGGACGCUAUCAGUGCUUUGUGUGGACACUGUGUGGCCUAGGAUACCUCCUUGACCUGCUCUACGCGCAGGCUUUCGGCCUGGUGUUGGGUGCCGUACAACAAGAGUUUGGCUUCUCGCCGGGCGAGAGUGGGAAUAUUAGUGUUGCUUUUUCUGCCGGUCUUACUGCUGGAGCAUUCUUCUGGGGCAUAAUGGGAGAUGUCGUUGGCAGACGUUGGGUUUUCAAUCUGACGUGUCUCUUUAGCGCUGCUUUUGGAGCUGGCCUAGGAGCGAGUAACAACUAUGCCACAUUCCUGCUUCUCACCGUCUUCAUAGGUUUUGGAGUGGGCGGCAACAUCCCAAUCGACACGACAAUCUGCCUGGAAUUCAUUCCCUCCAAUCGCCGCUUCCUUCUGGCAAUGUUGUCGAUAUUCCAGCCGAUUGGUGUGGUCAUGACAAGCGUCAUCGCUUAUGGCUUCGUUCCGUCGCACUCUUGCGAGCCCAAUUUCAGCAUGGACAAUGCCUUACCCUCCUGCAAUAACGUGUCCAAUGGCGAGGCAUGCUGCCGACCAGAAGAUAAUCGAGGCUGGAGAUAUGUUCUGUACACGGUUGGAGCUAUCAAUGUCCUUGUUUUCCUUUCACGUUUCGUCGUCUUCAAUGUCAGAGAGUCACCAAAAUUCCUGCUCAGCAAAGGACAAGACCAAAAGGCGCUCGCAGUCUUGCAAAGCGUGUCGAAGGUGAACAAGAAGAAAUGCGGGUUGACGAUCCAGGACUUUCAAUCUGCGGACACCCUAUCCGACUCUGACUCCGGUGGCUCUCGAAAGUCUCUGCUUGACCCUAGGCACUGGAAGGACGAGAGCAAGAAAGAGCUCAGUCGUUACAAGCAGCUUUUCCAGGGCAAGCAGAUGGCUCGCAUCACUAUCCUUGUGUGGUUGACAUACAUCUGCGACUUUUGGGGCUUUACUCUCGCCGGCCACUACUUUCCCAAGAUCAUUGCUCUGAAAGACGCCGAAGUUUCUCUCACGCUCGAACAAACCUAUCGAAACUAUAUCGCCAUAUAUGCUCCGGGAAUUGCUGUCUUCCCGGCGGCCAUUCGUGGUACAGCAAGUGGUCUUGCCUCCACUUUGGGCAGGCUGUUUGGAAUUCUUGCACCGAUCGUCGCACAGAGCGCGAUGACUGAUGGUGGCUUGAGCGACAUCACUUCGAUCAAGAAGGUCUUGUACCUGAGCGGCGGAGUCACUUUGGUUUGCGUCCUUACAACUGCGCUAUUGCCCAAUAGAAUCAAGACGAAUAAAUGA